AUGAAAUGUGUUGUUUCACCAUCACCUCCAGAGAAGGUCUUUGCUUGUAUCCUGGGAGUUAUCUGCCUUAUCUUGAUGUACAGUAUAGUGAGAGCGAUACAUUUUAUGCCUUCACAUCAUUGUGAUCACUGUCCACUGGAGUGGUUUACAUAUUCCAACAAUUGCUAUUACAUUAGCACUGAAUAUAAAACAUGGAAUGAGAGUUUGCAGGCCUGUGCUUCUAAGAACUCUACUCUGCUUUACAUAGAUAAUGAAGAAGAAAAGGAAUUUCUGAAUUCCAUAUUUCCUCCAUCAUGGAUUGGAGUUUUUCGUACCAGCAGUGAUCAUCCUUGGAUGCUGAUAAAUGGUUCACCUUUCAAACUAAAAAUAAAAGACUUAUCAUCUGGUAAAGGUGACUGUGCUGUGCUAAACCUAUAUGACCUCACCUCAGGAAAUUGUGGAGAUUCAAAAAUAUUUAGCUGCAAGCAUAGGAUUCAGAGUUAA